AUGGCUGGAGCUGUGCGGCAACCGAUUGAUAUUCCAUCUUUGGAACGGUAUCUUAACCAAGCUGUACCGGAGAUCGCAACUCCGUUGGAUGUGAAACAGUUCACCUUCGGUCAAUCAAACCCUACAUACCAACUCACUGCCCCUGACGGAAAACAAUAUGUCCUGCGCAAGAAGCCCCCAGGCAAGCUACUCUCCAAGACCGCGCACAAGGUCGAACGUGAAUACAAAAUCAUCCAUGCGCUUCAAAAUACGGACGUACCCGUACCCAAGGCAUACUGUCUCUGCGAAGAUGAAAAGGUCAUCGGUACACCAUUCUACAUUAUGGAGUUUCUGGACGGGCGGAAGUAUGAGGAUCCCGCUAUGCCUGGGGUGAGCGCGGAGGAGAGAAAUGCGCUAUGGCAGAGCGCAGUCCGAACAUUAGCCAAAUUCCACAGCGUGGACCCCAAGUCGGUGGGCUUGGAAAGUUUUGGAAAACCAACCGGUUUCUACGACCGUCAGCUCCGGACCUUUUCUGCUGUAUCGCUGGCACAGUCGCAGGCUGUAGAUGUUGAAACCAAAGAGCCUGUCGGAGAACUCCCACACUUUAAGGAUAUGGUGGCCUUUUUCUCAAACAAGGCAACACAACCCAAGGACCGAGGCACAUUGGUGCAUGGUGACUAUAAGAUUGAUAACAUGAUCUUCCACAAGACCGAAGCCCGGGUGAUUGGAAUCUUAGACUGGGAGAUGGCAACAGUGGGACACCCGUUGUCGGACCUUUGCAACCUCACCAGUCCGUAUUUCCUGAACGGGGCAGACUUUAACAAAGAGAAGUUCCGACCUGGGGCAGUUCCCGGACUGCCUACUCGCGCAGACUGCAUUCGAUGGUACGGCGAAGUAGCAGGCUGGGACCCGACACCGGAGAUACUCUGGGGUGAUGCCUUCUUUACCUACCGGAGCUCGAUCAUCAUGCAGGGCAUCGCAGCACGAGUAGCCCAGAGACAGGCGAGCAGUGCCCGGGCGGGCGAAUACGCCCGGAAUGCCAAACCGAUGGCAUCAGAAGCGUGGGCACGAGUGAAGGAGGUACAAAAGCAAUCACCAAAGGGUAAACUGUAG